AUGGGCCUCCAGCCUCGUUACGUCCCAGUUUCUCAGCUACCAACCACACCACUCCAGCAAAGCGCCAUUGCUAUCAUAUUUCUCAUGACCUUGCUGGCUUUUAUCACGUGGGCUGCCCGCAUGUACGCCAGAUGCAGUAAAAGGCAGCUUGGAACUGUUGCCACAGAUGACUGGCUUGUUACUGUCGCAAUGAUAUUUUCGAUUGGCCUUGUCAUUCCAAACUACUUCUUCUUAAAAUAUGGAUACACAGGUUUCUCGACCGCGGAUGUUCCAGAGUCCUAUGACAUUGAGCCUGUCCUAUUCUACAACUGGAUCAUGCAGGUUCUCUAUAACCCCAUUCUAGCGCUUGUCAAGUCUUCUGUCUUGUUUCUUCUACUUCGUCUCGGAGGCCAUCGACGCAGUAUCAGGUGGUCUAUUUACGCUCUGAAUACUUUUAACGUAGCCCUCAUGAUUGCCAUAUUCAUGACGGUUGUUUUCCAAACAAUGCCUAUUGCCGCAUAUUGGGAUCAAUCCCUGAAACCACGCCGACAGAUCGACGGGCCAAUGUUUUACAUAAUCAGCGCGAUCAUAACGAUCGUGACAGAUUUCCUUGUGCUAUUGAUACCGUUCUGGAUUUUCAUCGGGUUGAAGAUGCGCUUUGUGGCCAAGAUGGGUCUAAUUGUGGUAUUUCUGCUGGGUGGAAUAGUGACAAUCGUCGCCAUCUUACGAGUAGUUGAGUUGCAUAAGAAGUUUUAUAGAGAAGGGUACGAUUCAAGAGAGUCUCUUGCCGAUACUCUGAGUAGCAUCGAGGUCAACUUGGCCAUAAUCGCUUGUUGCGGGCCGACCCUACGCCCACUGUUCCGCAGCAUGUUUCCUCGCCUUUUCUCAGGCCCAACUACCAAUGAGGCUGGAAAGUAUAAUACUCCACAUACAGGAGGCAAUGGCGGAGCUGGGAUUGUGUCGUUUCACCUCAAGGACAUGCACCGUAGCAGGACACAAACUGAGAUUCGCGGGUAUUCACCGAGUGGCAGUGAGGAGGAGAUUAUGACGUACAAUGGCAUCAUCCGAACGACCGCUGUUGAUAUCAAGUAUGAAGAUGCAAGGUCAAAAGACAGCGCAAAUACAAGGGAGUUUCGGCAGGUUCAGAACCAGGAGCCAGGCCUGGUUAGAGAUACUUAA